GUUCGGGCCACCUUUUCCCCUUGCUUCUUUCUUUUCCCUCUUUCACUCGUGUACUAUACUGCGCUGUUGGUUUUUACCAUGCCUCUUAUUAUUAUUUUGUUCUAAUAUCCUCCUUUCGUUUGCCUUCUUCGUUCGCUGAUCCCUUGCUCAGCCUUGCGUGUAGAGGCCGUCCUCCACGGAAUUUCUCCCCAGAAACGUGACCUUCCCCUGACGCCAACAACCUCUCUUGAAGAACACCACCGCCGCCAGCCUCCAUCGAUUCCUCCAGCGCUCGUCCCGCCAAAAUGGUUCUGGCACGCAUGCAUACGAGAUUGCGAUCGUUCCUCCUGGCCCUGGUCGUCGUGUGCCUGCUGCUGUGGGGCCUGUCGCAGAUGCGAGAACCUGCCCCCGGAUCAGUGCAACCCCAAGCUGAGCCUGCGCCGAAUAUCGAGCACCCAGAGGCAGAAAACCCGGAAGAUCCCCACAAGGAACCAGCGGAACAUCAUCCGCAGAAGACUGAGAUUGUGUACGACAUCGAGGGUCACAUCAAAUUCUGGCGCCAGUUCCAGCCGUUGCUUGCUGCUCACGCGCCCAAAUGCCCUUCCCCUGUACGGGUGUAUAAUGCGCCUUCGAUCGGCUUCAAGGCAAAGGAUCCGGAGAAACGACCAGAGCUUCUGGAAAUGCCCGCCGCUGAUGUCGCAAAGAUGAGGGAGGCCCACACCCAGUUCGUGAACAGCAUCUCCAACGACCCUCCACGGCUCAGUUAUAUUCCCGGAACAAGGGGAAUCGUCUCAACAGCAGGCGGUUCAUAUUUGCCUGUGCUGGUAAUUUCGCUUCGUAUGUUGCGCAAAACGGGUUCCAUGCUUCCCGUAGAGGUUUUUCUGGCCGACAAUUCUGAAUACGAGCCGUACAUAUGCGAUGUUGUUCUUCCAUUCCUGAAUGCUCGAUGCGUCGUGCUCUCCAGGGUUCUCGACAAGAUUCGUGGCAUCGAGAAGAUCCAAAAAUACCAGUUUAAGCCGUUUGCCAUGCUCUUCUCCUCCUUCGAAGAGAUCCUCUUCCUCGACGCAGACUCAUUUCCGCUGGUGGAACCCGAUGUCUUGUUUACCACUUCGCCCUUCGUAAAUGACUCGAUGGUCACCUGGCCUGAUUUCUGGGCCUCAUCGGCCUCUCCGAUGUACUACGAGAUUGCUUCGCGCGAGGUUCCCCCCAUGGACCUCCGCCAGUCAACAGAAUCCGGUGAAAUCGUGAUUUCGAAGAGGACGCACCUGAAGACCCUUCUUCUCUGCACCUAUUAUAAUUACUGGGGACCCAGCCAUUAUUACCGUCUCCUGUCACAGGGCGCGGCCGGAGAAGGUGACAAGGAGACAUUUGUGGCUGCUGCGGAAGCCGUUGGUGAGCCAUUCUACCAAGUUAGCGAGCCCAUCCGUGCUAUCGGUCACCCGACAGAAGGAGGCAUGGCUGGUUCGGCCAUGGUCCAGUUUGAUCCCGCGGAAGACUUCGCCUUGACCCAAAAGGAAGAAUGGCGCGUCGCUGGCUCUCAUGCGCCCUCUCCCAGGCCUUUCUUUGUCCACGCCAAUUAUCCCAAAUUUAACCCUGCCACCAUUUUCACCGAACAGGAGGUUAACCCGCCGUUCAACGAUGACGGUAGCUACACGCGCGCUUGGACGAUCCCUGAGGAUACUAUCCCUCAACUGAAUGAAAUAGAGAGAGAAUACUGGAGAGAAAUCAUGUGGACUGCUUGCGAGCUCGAAACCAGAUUCCAAAGUUGGGAGGGCUUAACGGGUAUCUGUGACGGCGUCAGGGACUAUUGGAACGCCUUGUUCGCAUGAGACCCGAACAGUCCAUGAAGAGCGGAGUAAUAUAGUCAUCGGAAAAAGGGGGACAGCUCAGCAAUUUGUUAUUUCUUCCAUUCGAAAAUGCUGGACAGCGACUAAGGGACGGACGCCGUUUGAGAACCGGUGGCUUCUAUCAAAUCUGGCGUCCUAACCCUUCUCUGUUCGACUGGUGACUUGUCCGUGAAACAACUGAAAAUUUCAAAGCAGUCUACCAUCUUGUGGCCAGCGAGAUUUCAUCCUCCCCGGUCGCAUACACAUCGAUGAAGCCCAAUCAAAGCUUGGGAAUCCCUAUUGCUAUCUCAAAAUAUCCGUCAUGACAUCAUGAUUCCACCAGGCUGGCUCCUGAUAGACGCUGUGUCCUAGAGCAGUUUCGAUGAGAAGCUUUUUCUUCUACCCAGCAAGCUGCUCGUAAAGACUCGUUUUCUUUCUCUCCUAAUUUUUAUCUUUUGAACACCUGUCAUAUUACUGUUACAUAAUUAUUUCGACAUGAUUUUUGCCCUUCUUAGAAUCAUGUUCAGCCAAGCUAAGCCAACCCUACGCGCUGUGAGGACUGUUUGAGAGAAAACAGAACCAGAAAAGGCAAAAAGAAAGGUCAAAAAAGAACCUGAAUUGAUGGCUGAUCUUCACAUGCAACCAACUCUCGGCUUGACUCUGAAUUCUGAAACGUCAAAUUAAUCAAUUUGCAUAUUUUACUGAGUCAGUUUCUGCUUUAAACAAACCAGGGGGAGUGUGGCUUUCAUUGUUCUUUUUAUUUUUUGUUCUUGUAUCUUAUUUAUUCACACACACAGAGACAGACACAUGGUGUGAACAUCACGAAUGACGAGAACACUACACAUUCUACACUCCUCCCACAGGGAAUGAGUUGAUGUAUUUUUAUUUCAAUUUGAAUGUAUGUGUAUGUCUUUUCUUCUACGAGCUAGGAUUGGUUUUUUUGCUUGUAUUUUAUGGACAGUACCUUAGCAGUAAAUUAAUGUCUCGUAUGAAUCAACAGCAGCAGGCCAUCCUGUCAUGGGCUAUUCCCAGGCAUAUUGCAAACUCAGGGCCAAUGCCUGAAUACUCUGCCUGCUCUAGUUGUUCCAUUUCCUCCAUUUGUUCUGUCUGCCCCUUUUGCUAGAUUUAUUCUGUUUGUUGCUGGCUCGCCUAUUUCCCUUCCUUGUGCACAAUGCCGUUGCCUCUUCCCUUCCUUCUCUGAAGGAAUCCUUUGUGUAUCUAGUGCCAAAUGAAUUCUAUAU